CGACGCAUCCCCGACAAACAGAAGUCUCUCUGUUUGGCUGGCGUGCUACGGAAGACAACUGAACACUACCAGUACCGAGUGAUAUAUUAAACAUCCAACUGUAACAAACCGAACAGUCUUUUGUUUGAAAAUAUUUAACAGUCCGUCGGUACUUGCUACACUUGCUCUAGCCUGGUUUAGAGAGACUUUAAGUCGCGGCGCUCACGUUUUCGGCAGAAUAAAUAUCGGAUAAAGAAAGCAAAAAUAACGGACACGGUUUGGGUGAAAUGUAUGGUUAGUAUUACUGUCUUUUGAGGAGGGUGUGAGCUGUAGUUUCUCCUCAAGAGGCGAGGAAUGCUAUCUGAGCACCGAUGUUUCACUGGGGCAAGUGGAAGAAGAGGAUGGGAGCCAAUAGUUCUUCAAAGAGACCAGUUUUCGAUGAAAAGGAAGAUGUAAACUUUGACCACUUCCAGAUAUUGCGGGCCAUUGGCAAAGGGAGCUUUGGAAAGGUAUGCAUUGUGCAAAAGAGGGACACCGAGAAGAUGUACGCCAUGAAGUACAUGAACAAACAGCAGUGCAUAGAGAGAGAUGAGGUCCGAAACGUCUUUAGAGAGCUUGAGAUCCUACAGGAAAUUGAACAUGUUUUUUUAGUAAAUCUCUGGUACUCAUUCCAGGAUGAGGAGGACAUGUUUAUGGUGGUGGACCUCCUGCUGGGAGGAGAUCUGCGCUACCACCUGCAGCAGAGCGUCCAGUUCAGCGAGGACGCUGUCAAACUCUACCUCUGUGAGAUGACACUGGCAAUGGACUACCUGCAGAACCAGCACAUCAUCCAUAGAGAUGUCAAGCCAGACAAUAUCCUGUUGGAUGAGCAAGGUCACGCUCACCUGACAGACUUCAACAUAGCAACGAUAAUAAAGGAUGGAGAGAGAGCCACAGCCUUAGCUGGAACCAAGCCCUACAUGGCCCCAGAGAUCUUCCAGUCCUUUGUAAGUGGAGGGACUGGCUACGCCUAUGAAGUAGACUGGUGGUCAUUAGGGGUGACCAUCUUUGAAGUGCUGCGUGGAUGGAGGCCCUAUGACAUCCAUGCCAGUAACUCUGUGGAGUCCCUGAUGCAGCUCUUCAGUACAGUCAGUGUCCAGUACAGCCCGGCCUGGCCCAAGGACCUGGUUUCCCUCUUGAGGAAGCUACUGACAGUGAAUCCAGAGCAUCGUUUCUCCAGCCUGUCUGACAUGCAGACAUCUCCCUACCUCGCUGAUGUCAACUGGGACGCCGUGUACGAGAAGAAGAUGGAGGCCGGAUUUGUUCCUAAUAAAGGGCGGCUCCACUGCGACCCCACCUUUGAGCUGGAAGAGAUGAUCCUGGAGUCGCGUCCCCUUCACAAGAAGAAGAAGAGGCUGGCCAAGAAUCGGUCUCGAGACAACAGCAAGGAUUCACAGUCUGAGAAUGACUACCUACAGGAGUGCCUUGACGUGGUGCAACAAGAGUUCAUGAUCUUCAACCGUGAGAAGUUGAAAAGGCGUCCAGAGGAGGGUCAGUCAGAGGAGGCCGGUGGCGAUGAUGCCAGUGGAGACGGGGACGGAGAGGCCGGGGACGGAGAGGCUGAAGGCGGGGCCACCGACGAUGAUGCACCAGAGCCAGAACCUGAUCCGGAGCCGGAGCCGGAGCCUGAGUCCUCCUCCAAACGGAGCAUGUGCGGCUCGGUCUGCUCCUCCCCUGGCAGCUGCUAGCGCCACAUCGCCUGACAGUGACGAUCGCAGGUCUCUCUGGCCGCUGCAGUGUUUGUGCCAUGCCAAUAAAUACACCCUCACUUCUCUCCUCUGUUGUAGCCAGGAGCAGAGGAAACGCACAGACUGACGCAGAGCAGGACCCAAAAUGGCUCCCACCAUUUCCCCUCCUUUUUUCCUUCUGUAGCAUUCUUCUGGUAGGGCAUGAAUGAAGCAGAUUUCCAGAGAGUCCCCGCCUACUGUACCCAUCUGCCCUAGAGUAAGCUCUAACUUCUAUGCAAUGUUACAGUAUAGCAUGACUAUAUAAGGUAUCACUUACUAGGAGGUGUUGUUCAUGAGCAGAAAGCUCCACGAGCAUGAUGACAUCCCGAGCAAAAGCAGUCCGCGUUUUUUGGGGGGUUGUUGGUUUCGGUGGAGACGCCUCCCCUCUCAGCCUUCCUGUUCAAAAUCUGAUGGGGACGACUGAAUUAUUCAGCACACGCAAGCACUCAGUUUAAGUUAUUGCCUGUGUCUUCAGUUCACUCUCCCACCCAGCCUCUUUCAUAACGUGUGCCCUAAUUUAGAACAAUAGUUUCUCCUGGAGCACCUUCCUCCUGUUGCGAGACACAUUUUCGUUUCAGUCCCCCAAGAAAGUGUGGCUGGUUUCAUGUUGGUAACCUGUUUAAAGUGGUACCUGUUAAUGAUAAUCCGUAAUCGUUAUUCACGCUGUAGCCAUGGAUGCAUUAUAGGUCAGAAUGUUAGUUUGAUUUUCCGAUUUAAGUGUUCGACUACUAUUCUUUCUCUGAGCUUUUUUUUUUUAGGAUGAUAAGGUACUGCAAUUUAUGGGAAAUCAGUACAGCAAUCAGAAUGAAAGGCUUUUGCUUGUCACCGUGUCCUUAAUGGUUACCAAGAUGUAGUAUUUUAGCCCUGCACCAUGCUCUGACACAGAAAGCAUUCAGAAACUGCUCUGGGUAAUACUGUAAAUGGCAAUCACCAACAAUCACAUUUUUAAGAAUAUGUUAGAAAGCUGUGUUUACUUGACUAGACAUCAUCAUCUCUUUAAGUGCUUGGUUAGUAUGAAGAUCAUCUCCCUGUAGAGCUUGUUUCAGGGCUGUGCUUAAAUGUGUAGCUGUGCCCUGUUGGUACUUCAAACUGUAUAGAUGAGCUAGUCUAAGACUGUCAUAGUGAUAUUGGUACAUUUAUGGUGAUACCAUUAAUCUCAGUCUGAACACCUGGGAACAUGUAGCAAAGGUUCACCUUAAAACCCUAAGGCCUAAUAGAAUGAAAACCAUGUAAAUAGCAUACAGUGUAGGUAAUUCAACUCACCACAGUUUUAUGUGGGACUGCGAACUCGACAUAUAAACUAAAGAAAGAGCUGUGUGGAGCUUCAUACUGCUUCGUUCUACUCUUCUUUCCAAGUGUGCAGGCACAACUUGUAGGCAAAAUAUGCCAAAGCUUUUCUACCAUUUGCAUAACCAUUUCUAAGGAACUUUAAAUGUGUGCGUGUAUGUCUCUUUUUUUCCCAGUAUAACAUAAAGUCAAUGUUCCUUCUACAAGUGAAAAUACUAUCAUUUAUACAAUCAUAUUGUGAUUAUGUAUAAAGUAUCUAUUUCAGGUAAGAGGGGGGCCUUAAA